ACGGAGGGAACAGGAAUGCGGAGGCCGCCCACAUCCUCAGCGCGUGGAGCUGCGGGUCGAGGCCGGGUCGCCGUUCUUAAAGGAGCGCACCCCGCCGGGAUUCUUCUUGCGCCGCAGGCAGCGCGCGACUGGGACGCGGAGGCUCAGAGAGAAGACGCAGGAGCGGAUCUGGGAAGGGCGUCAGUUGGUUGCAGUCUCUGAAAGGGAAGGGAAUUCUAUUGUCUGUUAAGGAUGUACAGAAAGAGAUCUGCCAGUAAAAUUACAUGGCAAUUUCACAAUGGUGACCAAGAUUUGUCUGUGGAAAGUUCAAAGCAAAUGGGCAGCAACUCUGAAGGAAUUCCUGAAGGGAAAGGCCCGUAUUCUGUUGGAUGUACAGACCUCAUGACUGGUUAUAAUGUUCAGGGGAUUUUUUUCCGUCUGUAUUAUCCUUCCCAAAAUGGUAUGAAUAAUGAAGAUACAACAUGGAUUCCCAGAAAAGAAUAUUAUUAUGGACUGUCUGAUUUUCUUAGCAUAUAUCGGAUAUUAGGGGAGUUCAUUUUUGCACGCUACAUUGGCUCAGUUACUUGUCCUGCAAAGUGGAAUGCUGAAUUCAAGCCUGGAGAAAAGUAUCCCCUAAUUAUUUUUUCCCAUGGACUUGGAGCAUUUAGAACGCUGUAUUCUGCAAUUUGCAUUGAAAUGGCAUCUCAGGGGUUUGUUGUUGCUGCUGUGGAGCAUAGAGACCAGUCCUCUUCAGCUACAUAUUACUGUAAAGAAAACUCUACCUUAGGAGACAAAGGAAAACCCUCAGAAUUGCAUAAGGAGUGGAUUUACUACAGGAAAUUAAAAGCAAAUGAAGAUGAAGUUUCACUGAGGCGGAAACAGGUAGAGCAAAGGGCAGAUGAAUGCAUUAGAGCACUUGACCUUUUGCUCGAAAUUAAUUCUGGAAGUCCAGCUAUGAAUGUUCUGCCUUUAAAUUUCAAUUGGAGUCUUUUAAAGGAUUCUAUUGAUUUACAGAAGAUAGCAGCAAUGGGGCAUUCUUUUGGUGCUGCCACCGUCAUAGAAACUCUUAGCAAAGAUGCACGAUUCAAAUGCGGUAUUCUUCUUGAUGCAUGGAUGUUUCCCCUAUCUGAUGAAGUAUAUCCCAGAGUUCACCAGCCAUUGUUGUUUAUUAAUUCAGAAAAAUUCCAGUGGGCUUUGAAUAUCCUAGAAAUGAAGAAACUUAACUGCAAAGGCAGAGAAAGAAAAAUGAUAACUAUCAAGUCCCUCAUAGGAGACUCCUGUACAAAGUUAUUAUCCAAAGGCAUCCUUUCUGAAUGUUAAGUCUGAGGGGAUGAAAUUUUCCUCAUGCGCUGCUCUGAAGGUGGACAUUCCUCUCUCUCUCUCUGUCCAUCUACGGUAUCAUUGACGGAGAUCAGCAAGUAGCCUAGCAGAUUACAGAUAUUGUUUAGGAUAGCUUUCAAAUAUUCUAGCCUUGCCAUGUAUGUAAUUGAAUGACUCUAAAUAACCUAAUUUAGAUUAAAUAAUCAGACAUGAAUACUAAUUGUUCAACAUGGACUGCGCUUUACCUCCAGGUUGCAAUUGUGGUUGUGUUCCUUUGAUCUCCAAAGGAAAUAUUAUUCCAUGUGUCUUUAUCCUAAUGAUAAUAAACAAUUCUAACCUAUGUUCUUAUUGCCCCUUAAGAAAAAUAGAAAGGAACAAAAGACCCAGAACAUUACCCACCCACACCCCAAAAAAACCCUUGUAGAAACACGUCGAGAUAAAAUAUAAAGAACAAAACAAAAACCUUCAGAACCGAAAAUGUUUAAUUAGGGUCUGUGUGUUUCAGCCGUGUUUGUAAACAUUCCCUCUGGUAGGCAGAGUUGGUUACUUGC